UCCAUUUAUACCACAUUCAGGGUUUUGUUGGUGGAAGAGAACCUUACCAAAAAAAAAAAAAGGAGUGGAGAAAACAAGAAAAAUGGCGCAGAAGAGAAAGAUGGAGAUUACUGUUGUUGAUGAGAACGAAAGGGCUUUGUUCUCAAUGUUUCAGAACACUGCUAACAGUCUCUCUCAGUUCUACACCCAGUCUGUCAAUCAGCAGAAGCUGGCUUUUGAGGCUGGCCAGAACUACGCUCUUCUGAAGUUUCAUGAAUGGAUAGUGACAAAGCUGCAAGAAGGGAAAAUGGUUACUGUGCCUGAGAUUUUUGCCUAUUUGCAGGGUAAGCUGAACGGUUGGAUGCCCGGUGCUGGGCUGCCAGAACAAGGAGGCAAUGAAUCAGACGAGAGAGGUGGAACCCAAGGCCUGUCUGCAUCUUCGUCUGCUCUAAUCAAUCAGGGCCAGGACAGUUAUCCUGAUAUGCAAAUGGAGAUUGCUUCUGACAGGACAAUCGACUAAACUUCUUGUAGAACUGUGACAUUGUGUCUCUGAUGUUUCAGUUAUGUCAUGUAUUGGAGUAGUUAUCUGGUACUUGUCUGUCAUCCUUAAAUGUAUUUGAGUACUGAUCGUUGGUUUGAAAGGAAUCCAAUAUUUUUAAAUAUUAAGGUAUAGCAUUC